AAAGGUUUUCUUGUCCCCCUUCUCCUUAGAAGUCAGAUUUACCAAAUACCUUCCAUUUCUCUUUGACGAAUCUCUCUAAUCCCACCGAUUAGUCACCAAAUCGGGGCUUAUUUGGGCCUACCCUUUUCGUUUUCUCCAGCUUUCCGAGCUCUGAUCACUAACUCAUGCAGUGAUCUUUUGACCCCUGAUAAACGAUCGGCGAGCCUCUGUUUUCCGAUUUGUGUAAUUUUGAGCUUAUCUUGGGUUCGGAGCAUGUAAGCCUGGAUAUUGCGAUCUCUUGUCCCCUUUCGUAUUCUGCUUCUCCCGGCAGGAAAGCGUUGUGCACUGAGUGGCAAACAUGGCUCGGAGUAACGAAGUUAGCAUAAAUGAAAGCAAGCAGAUGGUGGUCCCUUUGAACACAUGGGUCCUAAUAUCCAACUUCAAGUUAGCAUACAACCUUCUCCGGCGACCGGAUGGAACAUUCAACCGUCAUUUGGCCGAGUUCCUCGACCGGAAGGUCGCCGCCAAUGCGAACCCUGUUGACCGUGUGUUCUCAUUCGAUGUUAUUGUCGAUCGAGCCACAAAUCUCCUCUGCCGAAUUUACCGGCCUUCUGAUACUGACGACCCGCCAAAUGUUGCUGAUCUCGAGAAGCCUGUGAAGUCCGAAUCCUCCCAUACUGUCCCUGUGAUUGUCUUCUUCCAUGGUGGAAGCUUUGCACACUCUUCUGCCAACAGUGCUAUCUAUGACACAUUGUGUCGAAGAUUAGUUGGUCUGUGCAAAGCCGUGGUGGUCUCAGUAAAUUACAGACGUGCCCCUGAGCAUCGGUAUCCUUGCGCUUAUGAUGAUGGCUGGACGGUGCUCAACUGGGUCAAAUCGAGGACAUGGCUCGAGAGUAAGGACUCGAAAGUUCACAUCUUUUUGGCUGGAGAUAGCUCUGGUGGGAAUAUUGCUCACCAUGUUGCUUUGAAAGCUGCUGAAUCGGAAUCGGGAAUUGAAGUGUUGGGGAAUAUAUUGCUGAAUCCAAUGUUUGGUGGGGAAUUGAGAACUGAAUCAGAGAAGAGAUUGGAUGGGAAGUAUUUUGUUUCAGUGCAGGAUAGGGAUUGGUAUUGGAGGGCAUUUCUUCCUGAUGGUGCUGAUAGGGAUCAUCCAGCUUGUAAUCCAUUUGGUCCAAAAGCUGCUAGUCUAGUAGGAGUAAAGUUCCCAAAGAGUCUUGUUGUUGUUGCUGGUUUGGAUCUUGUGCAAGAUUGGCAAAUGGCUUAUGUUGAAGGGCUGAAGGAGGCUGGGCAACAAGUGAAGGAUUUGUAUCUUGAGAAGGCGACGAUAGGGUUCUAUUUGUUGCCAAAUAAUGCUCACUUCCAUACUGUGAUGGAUGAGAUUAAGAAGUUUGUGGGUUCUAUCUGUUAAUAAAAGGAAAAAGACUAUAACUUUACUUUGCAGCAGCAGCCAAAAAAGGUGACAAUGGAACUGUGGCAGUCUUCUCGCUCUGGUUUUUUCUUCUCCUGGGUAGGGCUUUUAGGGUUUGCUUUUCUGUUGAUAAUGUGAAUGUGAUUGUGUAGUAUCACCUGCUUACGGUUCCCAAUGAUCCUUUUUCGCCAUUUGGGGUUCUGUGGCUCCUGGUUUGUUCAUGAUUCAUGAAGGAUAUAAGUAGAGGAAGUGGCUCGGCAUCUAGCUGGCCGGCUCAUGAUUGUGGUCUGUCAUACGCUCACAUCAUUUUAAGAUUCGGGCGACAUAGCUUGAUGUAACUUUUCUCCAGGGAGGGAACUGUUUCUGCAGCAGAGCAAUUGCAGAAUGUAACAAGGUUUACCCUUAUGGACAUAGGGGGUCACUUGGUUAGGUUGGCAUGUUGGCUAAUGUUAUAUAGCUAAAUCUUUAGAGAGAGACUCGGAUGCUGUAGGAAAAAGAAAAGAAGAGAAAAACGGACUCAUCUAUGGUAGUGUUGUCUUGUAAUUUUACAUACAGAUGCUGAACUAUAUAUCUAUAUAUCUAUAAUAUAUAAGAAAUGUUGUUUUGCAUGUUA